UAUUUUUGUGAGCAUACUGCAAUGACAGAUUUUGACUGCCUUCGCAAUUUGGGGGUUGAUUGAUGAAACCUGAUUGAACCCAAAUUGAAGUACUCGAGCCUCCCAUAUAAGUUGAGGGGUGAAAUUGGAUGUGGCCUUUUGGCCGAAGGAAGUGAAAACAAAGGGAAUGGCAAUAAUACGACAGAGAGCGGUGGCUACACUGCCGAAGCUGAUACAGAGUCUGCGAAAGCCCGCAGUCGAGGGAAGGACUCAUGCGUUGCCAUCGUUGAGACGCGCUUUCUCUCUCUACGACCAGAUCAAUCUCAUCGACAACGUUCCUCAGGACCAACUCCGCUUUCAAGGGUAUACUGACACGGGAUUCACGGUGAAUGGGGUCGAGUACGAAGGUAGCGUGCUUUGCGUUGGCAAUUUGCUUCUAUCUUGGUCUCCCAACCGCUUAUCUCAGAUAACUCCUGAAAGCUUAUCUAUCUUCCAAAUUUUGCGCCCAAUACCAGAGAUUUUGAUCCUUGGAUGUGGAAGGCAGAUUCAACAAAUUGACCCAGAAUUAGGACGCUUCAUUCGGUCUACUGGCAUGAAAUUAGAAGCCAUUGACUCGAGGAAUGCAGCAUCAACUUACAACAUACUGAACGAAGAAGGGAGAAUUGUGGCUGCUGCGCUUCUCCCAUCUGGAGUUUCUUCAUAAUGUCUAAUGUCUGGGAUGCUCUUCAGCUGCAACCUUCUCCUGUGGACCUUCUUGAUCACAUAAAUGCAUUUCACCUUAAUGUCAUUGGGAUCUUGUUAAAAGAGUUUUCCCCUCCAUAUCUUGUAGCAACUGACUGAUAAGAUCCAUGACUUGCAUAUGUAUUUGACAGUGCUGUUUGGAUGUGUAUCCUUUGCAUGUCUUGUGUUUAAUUGUUUAUUAUUACUUACUGUGAUGAGAUCUUAUUUUUAAUUAUUUUGUGAGUUUUUCUUAACA